GAGCGGUGCAGGGGGCCCUUCCUGGCUGGUACCGGUGGGUGAGGGAGGUCGCAGCCAUGUCGGAGCGGAAGGUGUUGAACAAAUACUACCCGCCGGACUUCGAUCCUGCUAAGAUCCCAAAGCUCAAACUCCCCAAGGACCGACAGUAUGUGGUGCGGCUCAUGGCCCCCUUCAACAUGCGAUGCAAGACGUGUGGUGAGUACAUCUAUAAGGGGAAGAAGUUUAACGCCCGUAAGGAGACUGUUCAGAAUGAGGUGUACCUGGGGCUUCCCAUCUUCCGCUUCUACAUCAAGUGCACGCGUUGCCUGGCAGAGAUCACUUUCAAGACAGAUCCCGAGAACACAGACUACACCAUGGAGCACGGUGCCACUCGCAAUUUCCAAGCUGAGAAGCUCUUGGAAGAAGAGGAGAAGAGAAUGCAGAAGGAGAGGGAAGAAGAAGAGCUCAACAAUCCCAUGAAGGUCUUGGAGAACCGAACCAAGGAUUCCAAGCUGGAGAUGGAAGUUCUGGAGAACCUGCAGGAGCUGAAGGAACUCAACCAGCGGCAGGCAAACGUGGACUUUGAGGCCAUGCUGAAGCAAUACAAGGAGUACGAGGAGGAGCAGAAGCGCAAGGAACAAGAGGAGGAUGAGCAAGAGAUUAAAGCCAUGCUGGAGCAGGCCCAGAACCGGCGGCUGCUGGUAGAUUCCGACUCCGACGAAGAGCCUGCGAAAUCACACACGAAAUCUACAGCCAAAACAAAACCCACGGACAUCUUGCAGGAGGACCCUCAGCCCCAGAGUAAGAAGCUGAAGACAGAGAGCUGGGAGCGGAGCGUGGGCAAAUUGAACACCAAGUCCCAGCUGGCUGGGCUGGUCACAGUGAAGAAGCAGAAGCCAAGUCCCCCCCUGGCUAAUGGGACAGAGAACCAAGGCACCACGGCCAAGACUGGCUCGUUUCCAACAGCAACGGGCACCACGUCCUCUCUGGGCUUGUUGGGGGCGUAUUCGGACAGCGAGGACAGCGCCAGUGACUGAUGAGCCACCAAGAGCCAGCCCAGAGCAGGGACCAAGGGGGGCUGUCCCCCCUCCCUGCUGACACCAGCUGCUCUCCAAGAGCUGGCAUCGGGGCCAGCGGGGGUUCCUAGGCCAUCUGGAGCUCCAGCAUCUUCACCUGCCCAGUCCCUCCUACGAAAGGGACGAGGCCCCAGUGGCCCUCACUGGCUACCACCACCCAGCAGACUGAGCCUGGAGGAGCUGGGCAACCAAAUGGCUUCCUCAGAGGAGGGUAUUGCAGCCAGUGGAGAGCCCUGAUGCUGUCCUGGGCUGGCUGUCCCCAAACCCAGCUUCCAGAGCACGGUGUGGCCCAGCCCUGCACCCACAACACGUUUGGAAGCACCAGUGUGGGCUGGGACUGUAGUUUCCCCGUUCUGGUGGCACCCACUGCCCCCAAACCCGUGCUGGCCCUGGCUACGUCACUCACCGACCCCCCCAGGACAAUAAAGGGACCUCGGGGCCUUCCUUCCCCCCCACCCUGCAGGGAGCAUGGGGGAGGUGGGAGCUCAGCACCCCGUUUUACCCCCAGGAGGACCCACUGCCACCACUUUUCUGGUCCCACAUGGCUCCUGACCCCCGCUGUGGGGCUCAGAUCCCACCUUUGAGCCCAGAACCCCCCUUGUUUUGCUGUAAGAGGUGACACAUCCCACAGCACAGACACGGGGGGGCUCGUUUAACCCCACGCUACGGGGACAGGGCUGUCCUGGCCGGGCUGCCACCACCCUCCAUCCCCUGCCCGAGUCCUCCCGUGUCCCACCACCGUGGUGACAGACCCCUCCCCACCCUUGGGAGAGCAGUGGGGUUUGCUCCAUCACCAGCAGCCGCCCGGUAAUAAAUUGGAUGUGUUAAAACCA